AUGCCGGUGUUGCGAGAGGAGGACCCGUACAACCUCCCUUUUUCACGCGAUGAAUUGAAUUGGGCCAUCAACCUAUGUAAAAAGGACUCUGCGCCUGGAAAGGAUCAAAUCCCGAAUAUUAUUUUUCGUAAACUUCCCCUCUCAAGCCUUGAAGAGUUGAGGGAUAUCCUUAAUGUGUGCUUUCGCUUCUCAAUCUUCCCUGAUUCCUGGACGGAAUCUUUAGUUAAAUUUAUCCCCAAACCUGGGGGCAAGGGGUACAGACCAAUCUCUCUUACUUCUUCAGUUGGCAAGCUAAUGGAACGCUUAAUUCAAAAAAGGCUGGAUCACCAUGUUGAAUUUAACCGCCUGAUUCCCCCCCACCAGUUUGGUUUUAGGAAGAACAGGUCAGUUACCGAUUGUGUCUCGGUUCUUGUGGUUGAUGUUCUCAAGGGGUUCACCUUGGGCCAGGGUACGGCUGCCCUUGCUCUCGAUCUUAAGGGGGCUUUCAAUGCCCUCCUUCCUUCUAAGAUUCUUGACCAUCUUGCACGCUGCGGUACUCCGACAAGGUUGAGAAACUUCGUCGCACACAUGGUUUGUAGAAGGAACAUCUCAUUUAAGGAGGACGACCUAAGGACCUAUGAAUGUGGGGUUGGAGUUCCACAGGGAGGCGUUCUCUCCCCGUUGUUAUUUAAUUUAGCUUUGAGAGACAUUUGCUCACGUCUUCCACCAGGGGUGCGGAUUCUUCAAUACGCCGAUGAUAUAUUACUUUACUGCCGAUAUACUUCCGCAACGGACGCCCUAAAUCUCUUGGCUCAAGCGGUGCGCUCCCUCUCUCCGUGGUUGCUUGAGGCUGGUCUUAACUUUUCCCCUUCGAAGAGUCAGCUCUGCCUCUUCGAUAGAAGGUCUCUUGUUGAUCAGCAUCUUCGCCUGGAACUAGAGGGUCAGGAGAUCCCUAUUGUCGAUUCCAUCAUGUAUCUGGGUAUCCUUCUGGACUCCAAGCUUUCUUGGAAACUGCACGUUGAAUACAUUGCUGCGAAAGCUUUCAAAGCUAUCAAUGUUUUAAAAGUGCUGGGAGGAGUAUCCAAGGGCGCAAACCCGGAAACCUUACUAUUGAUUUACAAGGGGCUGAUUAGGGCUCAUUUGGAGUGGGGUUCUAUUCUUUUCGCCGGAGCUUCCAAAAGCACUUUAGCAAAACUGGAUAAAGCGCAAUACAGGGCCUUAAGGUCGGCUUUGGGUUUUAUGCGUUCCACUCCGAUUCCUAUAGUAUUGUCAGAAGCUAAUGAACCUCCUCUCCACCUUAGAAGGCAUCUUGCCUUGCACAGAAACGCGAUUAGAAUUUGCUCCUGGAGUGAUAACCCUACGGCAAAAAGGCUUGCACAUUUGGAUCUAAAAAGCAAAAAUCAACGAAAUUUUCCUAAGUACGCCUCAACCCUACCUUUGCUCGUCCACCUCAGACCUACUUAUGAUAUUUUUGAUACACCCAAAAAACCGAGGCGGCCUGGCUACUACAACCAAGUUUGGUCUGACCUGAUGUUUGAGUUGUCUCCUCUUAUUGAUCUCAAGGAGGGGUUUAAUAUCAGGAGAUCAAAGUCACAUCAGACUUCUUUAAACGAUUUUCUCCAGGCGCGAUAUCCGAACUUUACGUCUAUUUUCACAGACGGGUCGUACAAAUUGUCUAAUGACGAAGCUGGUGCCAGUUUUUUCGUUCCAGGUCUUAAUUUCAGGCAUGGCACUAAAGUUAGGGGCUGCUUUUCGUCUACUUCCGUGGAACUUUUCGCCAUAUUUCAGGCUUGCAAAUAUGUCAGGGAUUACAAUAUAAAUAAAUCCAUUAUCUGUACGGAUUCUCUUGGUUCCCUCUCUGCCUUGAAGGAUAGGGUCGCAAACUUCUCCCUUGACCCCAUUAUUCAUGAUAUCGUUAACAUCAUUAUCAAUAUCACUAAGAAAGGUCAACUGAUUAAUUUCUUAUGGGUCCCUGCCCACCUGGACCUGGAGGGUAACACUGAAGCCGACCGUCUUGCUAAAAUGGCUGCUUCUCUUGAUAUUAGUAAUGCCCCUUUUACGGGCUAUCUCUCUCAUCCUAGUAUGGAGGAGAUUAAAAAUCUCAUUGAAAAGGACCAUCAAGCUAGUUUUAACAUUCAAUGGCCAUUUUUCGAUCCCCGAAGAUGCUCUCAGAUAUAUUUUGAAUAUGUGAAUCAUAAGGUGGAUAGACCUUGGUUUCGGAGCUUUGAUCUGCCUAGGAAUUAUAUCAAUCUGGUAUCUCGUCUCAGGUCUGGCCACAUAUGCGUCGGCGCACACUUUCUGCGAAUGAACUGGAAUAUCCCCCCCCCCCAUUGUUCUUGUGGGGAGGGCAUAGGUUCUAUUCCUCAUCUGCUCAACCACUGCAUUUUACUUAAUCCUGGCCGCCCGAACUUCAUUAACUUUGUCAGGAAAAAGUUCAAUGAUAUCUCCAACCUGGAAGCAAAACUUACUGCUCUUAUAUUCCAUCCAGACCUAGAAUCUGUCUCGGAGUUAGGGGAUUUUUUUAUUGGGCGCGGUGUACUAAUUUAA